AUGUCAGGUUUCUCUUCAGAUAGCAUAAAUCUUUCACCUUUUGGAAUGGAAUAUGAAUGGAAAGUAUCAAAGAUUCCACCUGUAACCAUCUUAGAGAAUGAGUUUGAUAUUCACCAGCAAACAGAAGCUGGAGGAAAUCAGUCAAGCAUUACAACAUUCACCCUUCUUGGAUUUGGGAAAUUCUUUGAAUUUCAAAUUCUCCUCUUCAUACUGUCUUUAGUAGUCUACAUUCUGGCUGUUGCCGGGAACCUCCUAAUUAUUGUACUAGUUGCAGUUGACCAGCACCUUCACACACCCAUGUAUUUCUUCCUGAUGAACUUGUCUGCCUUGGAAACCUGCUACAUUUCAAACAUCCUUCCCAGAAUGCUGUCCAGUUUUCUAACUGGAGAUAGAUCCAUUUCAUUCAAAGGCUGUGUCACACAAUGGUAUUUUUUUGCUUUCUUAGGAUCCACCGAAUGCUACCUCCUAUCUAUGAUGUCUUACGAUCGGUGUUUGGCAAUCUGCAAACCUCUUCAUUACAUGAACAUCAUGAGUGGCAGACUCUGCCUGCAAUUGGCUUCCACAUCUUGGAUGAGUGGGAUAAUAACCAGCACCAUAAUCACCUUCUUUAUGCUACAACUGACAUUCUGUGGACCCCAUGAAAUUGAUCAUUUUUUUUGUGACAUAUUUCCAGUGUCAGACCUCUCCUGUACAAAUCCUUACUUUGUGAAGCUUUCAACCUAUAUUCUGGGUGGCCUGGGAACUGUUGUCCCUUUUACACUUACAUUGGUCUCCUACAUCUGCAUUAUUCUCACUGUCUUAAGAAUUCCAUCCAAAGUUGCUCAACAGAAGACCUUCUCCACUUGCUCCUCGCAUCUCAUUGUAGUGAUACUUUUCUAUGGCUCCUUAUUCAUUGUCUACGUAAUCCCUGAAACAGACACUAUGAAGGAGCUACACAAAACCUUCUCACUGUUGUACACUGUUCUUACUCCUAUGUUUAACCCUCUCAUAUACAGCUUGAGAAACCGAGAGGUAAAGGAAGCUCUUUGUAGAUCAGCCAGGAAGUUCAGCAACAGAGUUUUGUAG